AUGUCAACCAAGUACGCCCUGCUCUCCCUGCCCCUCGGCGUCUUCGAUUCCAGCGACCGCGACGACGCCAUAGCAGCCCUGAGCGCCACCGUGUCUCCAGAUAACGGCUCGCAGGCCGACGACCUGGCCAAGCUCGAGGCAUCAUGCCAAGCCGUCGUGGCAAAGGUUGGCGACUCGCUGCGCCAGCUUCUCAACAAUGACGAGGAGCGACUCACCUCUUACAAAAUGGUCAACGAUAAACCGACCGACCAGUACAUCCGCGGCUUUAGCUGGAACAAGAUCCGAUACCGAGCCGACAAGUCCCUGGGAGAGCUUAUAGACACACUGCAAAAGGAGCUCGUCACCGUGGACAAUGACGUCAAAACCAAGUUUAACCAGUACAACUCGGUCAAGACGAACCUUGCGGCCUUACAACGACGCCAGACUGGUAAUCUAGCCACCAAAUCCCUCACUCCCGUUGUCGAUCCUCGACUACUGGUCCAAGAUUCGGAAUUCAUCGAGACCCAUCUGAUCGCCGUACCGACAAAUGUCAAAAAGGACUUCAUCAAGACAUACGAGACCUUGUCCCCCAUGGUCGUCCCCCGAUCUGCGGUCGAGGUGGACCACGACGACGAGUUCACCCUCUUCGCGGCCGCGACAUUCAAGAAGCACGGCCCUGACUUCAUCCACAAGUGCCGCGAGCAAAAGUGGACGCCGCGUCAGUACACGUAUGUUCAGGGCGGCCGCGAGGAGGAGCAGCCGGUCCUGCGCUACGGCUUGCCGCUGGACUAUGUGACGGCUCUGGUCAAGACAACAUCGAAACUGGCUCCCAAAGUCAAGUCUGCCCUGGACUUAAAUUACUCAUACCUGGGAGGCAACGCGUUUGGCCGGGACAAGCGCGGACGGGUCACCAAGGACGACGCAGCGAUGACGUCGGAGAUGGCGGCGGCUGGGCUAGGGACGGGAGAAGGACAGGAGUACACGGCCUAUGUCUACUACGAGCUCGAGUUGCCCUGA